GGAACAUUAGUUGGACGUUGACAUUCAAAUUUCAAACAGCGAGAAUGUCACCCUGUGCUGGAGUAAGUUUGGCGAUCGUGCUGCUUCUCGGAACUUCCGGGCUCGGGGAAGCAGCCAAGAUUCUGGGAGUUUUACCCAGUGGUGGAACGUCGCAUCAUUUUGUGGGAAUUUCAUAUCUUCGGCUUCUGGCCAAAGCUGGACACGAUGUAACGGUUCUCAGCUCAUUUCCAGAGAAAAAUCCACCGCCAAAUUGGAGAGACAUCGAGCUGACUGGGUUGAAGGAAAAAAUGCACGAAGAGUUCACGGACCCCUUUGAAUUUGCCGAUACACCAUUCAUUAUGAACCUCAUCAUGAUGUACUCUACGUUCGGUCGAUUUUCCAGCGAGUUCACUUUGAACCACCCGAAUGUUCAAAAGUUGCUGAAUUCAGGGGAACAUUUCGACCUGGUUAUCGUAGAAGCAUUCUUAGCAGAAGCUGUCUUUGGCAUGGCACAACACUUCAACGCCUCUCUGAUUACCUAUUCACCGUUUGGAAGUUCGUUAUGGAACACGGAGCUCACCGGAUCUCCGGCUCCGGCUUCUCACGUUUCGACUAUGAUGCUACCUUACUACGACCGGAUGAAUUUCUGGGAACGGUUCUGGAACACCAUCUACAACGCCAUUGACUAUACUCUCUACCAUCAACUUCAACUGACCACUCAAAAAGAGUUGUACGAUGCAGCCUUUCCAAACGCUGCCAUUUCCUUCGAAGAGCAAAUGAAACAGGUUUCACUAGUUUUCUUGAAUAAUCACUUUAGUAUAGGGAUGCCAAGGCCUUACGCGCCGAAUAUGAUCGAAGUCGGUGGAGUACAAAUUGAUGAUCCAAAGCCUCUGCCGAAGGACCUUCAAAAAUUCAUGGACGAGGCUCCUGACGGGGUAAUCUACUUCAGUAUGGGAUCCUACGUGAGGAGCGAGAAAUUUCCGGAAGAAAAACGGAACGCUUUCAUUAAAGUCUUUGCAGGCCUCAAACAGCGAGUUCUUUGGAAGUUUGAAGACGAAUCGCUGCCUAAACUUCCAUAUAACCUCCUAAUCAAAGCUUGGAUGCCUCAAAAUGACAUCCUAGCUCACCCGAACGUUCGAGCCUUCAUUACCCAUGGAGGACUUCUCGGAACAACUGAAGCUAUCUAUCACGGAAUUCCGCUAGUUGGUAUCCCCAUCUUCGGAGAUCAAAUGAUGAAUGUUCAGCUAUCUGCUCGUUCGGGAAUGGGAGUUCCCCUGCUUUUCAAGGACAUUAACGAACAAACCGUUCGUUCAGCCCUGGAGAAAGUUCUCACGGAUCCAUCCUACCGGGAGAAUGCUAAGCGAAUGUCCAAAAUAUACCACGAUAAACCGAUGACGCCGAAGCAAACUGCCCUCUACUGGAUGGAGUACGUCAUCAGACAUAAGGGGGCACCUCAGCUUAGAACACCGGCUGUUGAGCUUUCAUUCUUCCAAUAUCAUCUCAUUGAUGUUUAUUGUGUGAUGUUGUUAAUUUUAGGGUUAGUUAGUUUGAUUUGUGUUAGGGUUGUUAAAAAGUGUUAUUCCAGUAUUCGCAAAUUUGCGCCAAAGAAGAGCAAAAAGAGAGAUUAAAUUUAAUGGCGUACAAAUGUAGUUGAAUAUAAAUACUUGAGUUUAUAUUUGAAAGGAAUAUUAGUU